UAAAACGGACUCGGGGAACCGGCGAGUCAGAAUCGCGUCGUACCUUCUAGGGUUCCACUUGGGAUCGCCUAACCGCAUCCCCCUCCGCUCUCACGCUCUGGCCUUCGCUGCCCCGCUCCGUGUUCUCUAGCGAGGCAAUGGAGGGAGAUCUGGAUGAGGCGAACGAGAAGGAAGGCGUCGAGGCGGAGAUAUCCCGCGCGAUGAGAGCGCGCGUGAGCGACUUCAAGGAGCGAGCCGACACUUUGACACUAGAAGGUGUUCGAAGAGCCCUAGAGAAGGACUUGGGGAUGAAAACAUUUUCAUUGGAUGCUCAUAAAAGGUUCAUAAAGCAAUGUUUAGAUGAGUGCUUUUAUGGUGCUAGUGACGAGAACUUACCCAAAACCUCGGGGGCAACUUCUACUCAGUCACCCAAAGAAGAAAAGUCACUAUCUGAAGAGAAUCAACCACCAUCAGAAUCCAGAAAGGAUGGUUCUGGCUUCAAUAAACAAAUAGAAGGUUCUCCAACAACCGCAAAUAAGGAAGCUUUGGAUCAUCGGAUAGCACAUGAUCAAGAUUCUGAAAAUGAUGAUGUAGAUGAAGAGAAAAUAAGGAAAGCAAUCGAAAAUAGAGCUGACUACUUUAGAGAGUAUUGUAUGUCUAUUUCUUUAGCAGAAGUUCGUCGAACAUUGGAAGAAGAUCUUAAGCUUAAGACAAAAGCUUUGGAUGCCUACAAAAGUUUUAUCACCAAUGAGUUGGAUAAGGUAUUACAGAUUCCUGCAGAUGUGAAACCAACCAACGGUGUCAAGAAGCAGCCUAAGAAAGUUUCUCAAAAGGGGGGUGAGAAAAAACCUGAGAAAGGAAUUAAAAGAACUCGCCAUGAGUCGGAUUCUUCAAAUAACAAUGACUCUGUUACUGAGGACGAGGAAGAUGAAGAAAUCAGACUGAACAAGAGUUUAAUUGGAAAAGAUAAAGCAGGAAAAAAAGGCCCCAAAAGGUUGAAAAAAUCUAAAGAGGAUGACAAGUCACCUAAUUCCAGUGAAGGAAAGACUGCAGAACAAAAUUCAGGGAAUAGUUCUGAAGAUGAUGGUGGAAACUCCUCUCAGGAUAGUCAUUCUCAUACAUCUAAAGGAGAUUCCAAGAAGAAACAAGAGAAGCCAGUGCAAGUAUAUGGGAAACGAGUUGAGCAGCUGAAGUCAAUAAUUAAGUCUUGCGGAAUGAGUGUCCCACCGACUGUGUAUAGGAAGGCUAAACAGGUGUCAGAAAGUAAACGUGAAGCUUCUCUAAUAAAGGAGUUAGAGCAAAUUCUUAAAAAAGAAGGAUUAACUACUAAUCCUUCUGAAAAAGAAAUUAAAGCUAUAAAAAGGAAAAAGGAAAGAGCAAGGGAAUUGGAAGGCAUUGAUAUGAGUAACAUUGUCUCAAGCUCCCGACGGAGAACGACGUCAAGCUACAUUCCUCCACCAAAACCAAAAAUAGAAGUUGAGAGCGAGAGCGAUGAAGAAGACGAAGAAAAUGAAGAAGACACUGAUGAAAAUGAGGAUGACGGUUCAGGAAGCGAAGACCCUGAGGAAGGCGAGGAAGAAGAUGAGGAAGAUGAAGAAGAAAGUGAUUGACUGAUGGUGUCUGAGCACGCUCAAAGUCCUCAUGUAAUAUAUAAUUGAAUCGGUCAUCUCGUCAAUUCAUUAUGCUUGAUGUCUGAAUUGUAUCAGUGUUGGUUAGCAAACUAGAUUACUCUUGUCAUAAGGAUAGUUAGCAUACCUUAUUCUGCUAACAUGUGUAAGCUUAGUCCAGGCCAUAUUCCAUCGGUUAUUUCGGAUAUAUAUGUUUAGCUCUAAAUUGGUUUGAGAUAGUAACAUUGGACGCUGUUGUUCGAUA